ACUGCUCACCAGCUCCUGGAGGGGGCCGGGGAGGCUUUCUCCAGGGCUGGGAUGAACAACUUGAACAGAAACUCAUUGCCGGGUGCCUCCCCCACCGUGCAAGCUGCCUCUGAUUCCCAGGUUCACCGUCCUCUCCUGGGACCCUGAGGACACACAAAGCCAGGCAUCGCCCUCCGCUGAGAGCCAGGCUGCAGACGGAUGCUGAGAACAGGAAGGGCGUGCGAGGACCGCUUUGGCUUCACCCCUGCUUCUAACUGUUGCGGGUACCGGGUGCCCAGUCCCGAGGAGCCGUGACAAUGGAGGCUCUCCCCAGGGCCCUGGAGGUCGAGGAGAAGUCUCCGGAAUCCAAGGACCUGCUGCCCAGCCAGACCGCCAGCUCCCUGUGCAUCAGCUCCAGAAGUGAGUCUGUCUGGACCGCCACCCCCAGGAGUAACUGGGAAAUCUACCGUAAACCCAUCGUCAUCAUGUCGGUGGGGGGCGCCAUCCUGCUCUUCGGCGUGGUCAUCACCUGCCUGGCCUACACCCUGCACCUGGGCAACAACAGCCUUAAGGUCCUUAAGAUGAUCGGGCCCGCCUUCCUGUCGCUGGGACUCAUGAUGCUGGUGUGCGGGCUGGUGUGGGUGCCCAUCAUCAAAAAGAAACAGAAGCAGAGACAGAAGUCCGUUUUCUUCCAGAGCCUCAAGUCCUUCUUCCUGAAUCGCUGAUGGCGGCCAACAGCUCUGUUCUCCCUGUCGCCCCGCCCCCUCCACCGGGAGGAGGUCUGACAAGGACAUCAACGUCCCCAUCUUCUUGGGGGUGGGGCUAGCCAUAAAGCAGACCAGCGAAGCCUCUUCCUGGCCCUGCGGGGAAGAGCUCAGGGCUCCGAGUGCGGCCGGAGGGGGCUGCUGGCUGUGUCUCAUUUAGGCUCUCUGUAACUGCCCUGCCUCCCCUUAGACGCUGGCCGCAGGCAUCCCCUUUCAAGGCUCACUCCCUGCUCCUGCAUCCAGGUACCAGCCAUCUAACUCUCUCCGCAGAGCGCUAUGCAUGUUGGGAAAUUCCUCCGGCCAGGCCGUGCCCCAAGGAGAGCCUCCUGUUUCUGCAUCUGAGUGCCUGAGCUGGAUUCGCCCAUUUGCACCCUUCUGGGACCCAAACUGACCGGUGGAGGUCCCUCUGAGUGCCUGAGCUGGAUUCGCCCAUUUGCACCCGAACUGACUGGUAGAGGUCCCUCACAGAAGAGCCAGAAGACUGGUCUGGCUCCCUGUGUUCACCAGCCCCAGCUCUCUCUGUGGGCAAGAUACUGAUUGGCAUUUCAAGAGACGAGACGAGUCACAUGUAUAAAACACGGCGAAGAGUGAACAGUAAGGGUGGCCAGGGAGAAACGCUUUGGAAGAAGGCGCGUCCCCCCUCCCCCGACCCCAGAAAAGGCGCUGGGAGUCAGCCAGCUGAGGAAAUUUAACUCCGGGUUAUAGAGUUUUUACAUCAGAGGCUGUGUGGGCUGGACUGGGGGUGCCACAGUUUGACCUUCUAGUUCCCCUGUGAACUUGACAAUUGGCCAAGCACAAGUGCAUGUUGCCCUGACUCCCCCUUUCCCCCUGUCUACCCGGCCCCACCCCCAAUUCUAGGACAGCAAGACAGAGACCGCAGAGGGAUUCUGUAAGAUUGUUCUGUCCUUCACCUCCAUCGAGGACCAGAGACCAUGCGCCGCACCUGAACGGUCUGUGGGUUUCCAGAGAGAGAGGAUUUGCUUUAGAAAAAUCCCAAUGUCUGCUCUCCCUGCCUAUAGCCACCGAAGGAUCGAACAUUUACUGGGCGCCCUUCUCUGGGGCCAGGCCCUGGGAUGGGAACCGGCCAGACAACUUCGUUCCAAAGCGAGACAUAUGGCCAGGCCGAGGUGCGGCUGCAACACCCGUGCUGGGCGCACUAUGGGGGAAACGUGGCAGGUGCAGGAACACAGAGGGGGCAUCUCGCCCAGACAGGGGAGAGGACGGAGGGAUUGCGGACUGUGCCAUUGGAAUGGAGGACAACAGGAAAGAUAAGAGCUA